GUAGAGAAAAGCUAAAGUAGAUAAAAGGAGCACAGCUUUUUAAUAAUAUAAGGAAAUUAUUAUAAAAAAUAAUUAUCUAUCAUAUUUUAACUUAUUUAUCUUAAAAUAAUACAGAAAUAAAUAUGGAAAGAAAUAUAUUAUUUUCAUUUAAAUAGUCUUGUAAAUAAAAAAACUCAUCUAAUAGCAUCGAAAAUGAAGGUAUUUAAGAAGAAGAAAAUGAUGAAAUCAGUUUUUAAAAGAAUAAAAGGUAAUAUGAAUAGAAAAAUGCAAUAAAAAUAAUUAAAAAAAAUAUUAAAAAGAAGAAAAAUAAAGUACUAAGUAUAUUGGACAUAGUUUGCCCUUAUGUGUAUUUAAAUAUCGAUUAGAUGUACCAUUUAAAUGGAGAUUUGAUUGUCUGCUUAUCAAAAACUGGAGAACUUUAUAAAUAUACUCUAAAAUUGUCUUCAGUUGAAGUGUGUAAAAGAUAUUUUUAAUGUAAAAUGAGCUCAAUGAUAUUCUUGAAAGAUUUCCAUAUUCCAAUAUAAAUUCUUGAAAACUCUUAAGAUGUAGAGAAAUACAACUUUGCGUAGUAGCUUAAACUAUACUAAUUGUAUUCUUAAGAAUGUAUUAAUGAUAUAUAGGAAAUUAGUGAAGCCUAUUAGUAAGAUCGAUAGGGAUUCAUAUAAAUAAAUAAAAAAAGAUCCUUAUAUCGCAAAGAAUUAAUCGAAAAUUACAUAAACACAUAUCUAAAAGAUGAUGAAUUUUUUACUGUUGUUGAAGUAGGUCCAAAUUUCGAUCUGUAAUAAAUUGAAACUUUAAAACUAUUAUUAAGCAAAGGCUUGUUUGCUUUAAUCGGAGUAGAAGAAUAAGAUAUAAGCUAAUAUCUAUUACAUAGAGGCAUGGGAGAUAAUAUAUUUUUUUCUUAAACAGAGAAGUUGUUUGGAAUCAUUUUAUAAAUUAUAUAGUCAAAAAAGUUUAACCAAAUCCACUAUUAGAAAGAAUUCAUCAUAAAUACUUUAGAUGAACUAAAGAUUUGUUGUUAAGCGGAAUACCAAAUUAAUUAAGUAAUUUACCCUGAAGAAUUGAAAUAUUAAAGUGAGGGUAAAUAAUUAAAAGAUUAAGAGUUUAUAGUCUUAGUAAAGUUAGAAAUAUCGUGUAAUCAAAUAGAAUCAAUUCUAAACUAUAGAUAAAAUAAUAAAAAUACCACUGAUAAUUAAUAAGCUAACAUUUAAAGCAUCGAGUAUUAAAUUCUAUCAGAAAUAUUCAUUGAAAAAUACUAUCCUAAGAAAUAUAAAGAUAUAUUUAAACUAAAUGUAUGACUCAUUUUAUUUGAAUAAAAUUGAAUGAGCUUACCAAUAAUUUAUAUUAAUUAGUGUUUAACUAUAUUAAGAAGAAAUGAUUUUUUAUUCCAAUA